UUGGGCACACGCUCACCUGGUGCCGUUGUUGUCGCCGCCGCCGCCGCCGCAGGGGCUGGAUGGGGGGCCGAGGCCAACCGGUGGCACCCAGAAGAGAGAGACGCGGCGGCGGCGACGCCGACACCCGCAGGACGAGUGUGCCGACCCGCCCGCGAGGCCAAGGAGGAGAGGCGAGGCCCGGCCCCCGCGGUCCCUGGUGUAGAGAACCCUCCGUCGCCGCCGCGGCCGGGUUCCUGAGAGCACUCGCCCUCAGGUCUCAUUCACAUUCAGGAACCCGCGUUGCGCCAUGUUCAAGAAACUGAAGCAAAAGAUCAGCGAGGAGCAGCAGCAGCUCCAGCAGGCGCUGGCCUCUACUCAGGCUUCCUCCAAUUCUUCAACGCCAACGAGAACCAGGAGCCGGACGUCUUCAUUUACAGAGCAACUUGAUGAAGGUACACCCAAUAGAGAGCUCCUAGCCGGGAUGAUAGCAGAGCCUGCUUUUCUCUCUGAGUAUACUAUCUUUGCUUUGGAUUCCUCCAAGCAGCCUAAAACCCAGACUGACGGUGUGAAUGCAUCUAUCCAAGCCAUGAAAUCUCCCGACAGUGUUAAUGGAAGUGAACCCACAACUCCUCAGUCAGGUGACAUGCAGUCUUUUGCACAGAAGCUUCAACUCCGGGUGCCUUCCGUGGAGUCUUUGUUUCGGAGUCCAAUGAAGGAAUCUCUAUUCCGAUCUUCCUCUAAAGAGUCUUUGGUACGAACGUCUUCUAGAGAGUCCCUGAAUCGACUUGACCUGGACUCUUCUGCUGCCACCUUUGAUCCACCCUCUGAUAUGGAGAGUGAGACCGAAGAUUCACUAGGGAAUUUAGACAGUCUCAGCAAAGAACAUUUGAUCCAGUGGUUGCGAAGAAUGGAACGAAGGUUGAAUGGCUACAAAGGAAAAUGUUCUGAGCUUGUUACAGCUUAUCAGACUCUUCAGAGAGAGAAGAAAAAGCUACAAGAUAUAUUAAGUCAGAGUCAGGAUAAAGCACUUCGGAGGAUUGGAGAGUUAAGAGAGGAGCUCCAGAUGGACCAGCAAGCAAAAAAACAUCUCCAAGAGGAGUUUGAUGCAUCUUUAGAGGAAAAAGAUCAGUAUAUCAGUGUCCUUCAGACUCAGGUUUCUUUGCUGAAACAGCGGUUACGAAAUGGCCCGAUGAAUGCUGAUUUACCAAAACCACUCUCGCAGAUGGAACCAGAGGCUGAAGGCGUCACUAAAGAGAACACAGAUGGUGAUGUAGAGCCAGUAGUGGGAGAUGGAGCUUCUGCUAAAACACUGGAAAUACUUCAGCAAAGAGUUAAGCGUCAAGAGAAUCUACUGCAGCGCUGUAAGGAAACCAUUCGGUCGCAUAAGGAACAAUGUAUGCUGUUAACCAGUGAAAAAGAAGCCCUGCAAGAACAACUAGAUGAAAGACUUCAAGAACUAGAAAAGAUGAAGGAGCUUCAUAUGGCUGAGAAGACUAAACUUAUCACUCAGUUGCGUGAUGCAAAGAACUUAAUUGAACAGCUUGAACAAGAUAAGGGGAUGGUAAUAGCAGAGACAAAACGUCAGAUGCAUGAAACCCUGGAAAUCAAAGAAGAAGAAAUUGCCCAACUUCGUAGUCGCAUCAAGCAGAUGACUAGCCAGGGAGAGGAAUUACGGGAACAGAAAGAAAAAUCUGAAAGAGCUGCUUUUGAGGAACUUGAAAAAGCCUUGAGUACAGCCCAAAAAACAGAAGAAGCACGGAGAAAAAUGAAAGCAGAAAUGGAGGAGCAAAUAAAAGCCAUUGAAAAAACAAGUGAGGAGGAGCGUAACAGACUUCAACAAGAAUUAGGCCACGUGAAACAGGAGGUGGUUGAUGUAAUGAAAAAAUCCUCAGAACAAAUUGCAAAAUUACAGAAGCUUCAUGAAGAGGAGCUGGCCAGCAAAGAGCAGGAACUGACUAAGAAGUUUCAGACCCAAGAAAGGGAAUUUCAGGAGCAAAUGAAAGUAGCUCUUGAAAAAAGUCAGUCUGAAUAUUUGAAGAUCACUCAAGAAAAAGAACAGCAAGAAUCUUUGGCCUUGGAAGAGUUAGAGCUGCAGAAGAAGGCAAUCCUCACAGAGAGCAAAAACAAACUUUGGGACCUUCAGCAAGAAGCAGAGACUUACAGAACUAGAGUUCUUGAAUUAGAAAGUUCUUUGGAAAAAAGCUUGCAAGAAAAUAAAAAUCAAUCAGAAGAUUUAACUAUUCAUUUGGAAGCUGAAAAAAAUAAGCACAAUAAAGAAAUUACAGUCAUGGUUGAAAAACACAAGACAGAAUUGGAAAGUCUACAGCAUCAGCAGGAUAACCUUUGGACUGAAAAACUCCAAGUCUUGACGCAACAGCAUCAGACCGAAAUGGAAAAACUGAGAGAAAAGUGUGAACAAGAAAAAGUAACAUUGUUGAAUGACAGAGAGGUUCUCUUUCAGGCCCACAUAGAAGAGAUGAAUGAAAAGACUUUAGAAAAGCUUGAUGUGAAGCAAACAGAAUUGGAAUCACUAUCGUCUGAACUGUCAGAAGUAUUAAAAGCCCGUGACAAGCUAGAAGAAGAACUUUCUGUACUAAAGGAUCAAGCAGAUAGAGUGAAGAGGGAAUUAGAGGCCAAGCUGGAUGAACAGAAAAGUCAUCACCAGCAACAGGUUGACAACAUCAUUAAAGAACAAGAGAUGUCUAUCCAGAGAACUGAGAAGGCAUUAAAAGAUGAAAUUAACCAACUUGGGCUUCUUCUGAAGGAAAAGGACAAGCAUUUAAAAGAGCAUCAGGCUCAUGUGGAGAAUUUAGAGGCAGAUAUUAAAAGGUCUGAAGGGGAACUCCAGCAGGCGUCUGCUAAGCUGGAGCUCUUUCAGUCACUGCAGAGCACCACGCGUGAGCAGGUAGAAACAUACGAGGAGCAGUUGGCCCAGUUGCAGCAGAAGUUGUUGGAUUCGGAAACAGAAAGAAUUCUUCUUACCAAACAGGUAGCUGAAGUUGACACUCAAAAGAAAAAUGUUUGUGCUGAGUUAGAUGCUCACAAAAUCAAGGUACAGGACUUAAUGCAGCAACUUGAAAAACAGAAGAGUGAAAUGGAAGAAAAAGUAAAAUCUUUAACCCAACACUAUGAGUCCCAACUUAAAGAUAAUAUAGAGCAGGAACAGACAAAGCAACUCUUAAUGGAAAAGGAAAAUGUAAUUUUACAAAUGAGAGAAGGACAGAGCAAAGAAAUUGAAAUACUCAAACAGAAAUUAUCAGCCAAGGAGGACAGUAUUCGUGUUUUGCAAGAGGAGUAUGAAACCAAAUUUAAAAAUCAAGAGAAAAAGAUAGAAAAAAUUAAGCAGAAAGCAAAGGAGAUGCAAGAAACGUUAAAGAAGAAACUGUUGGAUCAGGAGGCCAAACUUAAGAAAGAGCUCGAAAAUACUGCUCUGGAGCUCAGUCAGAAAGAACAACAGUUCAAUGCGAAAAUUUUGGAAAUGGCACAGGCUAACUCAGCUGGAAUCAAUGAUGCAGUGUCAAGAUUGGAGACAAACCAAAAGGAGCAAAUAGAAAGUCUUACUGAGGUGCACAGGAGAGAACUCAAUGAUGUCAUAGCAGUCUGGGAGCAGAAACUUAACCAGCAAGCUGAAGAACUUCAGGAAAAACAUGAAAUCCAGUUACAGGAAAAAGAACAAGAGGUAGCAGAACUGAAGCAAAAGAUCCUCAUAUUUGGGUGUGAAAAAGAAGAGAUGAACAAGGAAAUGGCAUGGCUGAAGGAAGAGGGUGCUAAGCAGGAUGCAGUGUUGACGGAAUUACAGGAACAGUUAAACCAGAAGGCUGCUCACAUGGUUUCUGUCUCACAGAAUGAAGCUAAACUGAAAGCUGAACUUGAAAAGCUGGAGGUUGACCUGAAUCACUCUCUGAAGGAAAAUACUUUUCUUCAAGAGCAUGUAGUUGAACUGAAGAUGCUGGCAGAAAAAGAUAAGCUUAAGGUCUCUGAGUUGACUGAGAAGCUGAAAACCACAGAUGAAGAAUUCCAGAGUUUGAAAUCUUCACAUGACAGAAAUAAGAAAAGCCUAGAAGACAAAAGCUUAGAAUUCAAAAAACUGUCCAAGGAGCUAGCAGUUCAGCUGGACGUUUACUCCAAGAAAACGGAAGCCUUAUUACAAGCUAAAACAAGUGAGCUCAUCAACAUUAGUAGCAGUAAAAUUAAUGGCAUUCUCUCUAGGGUCUCCCAUUGUCAACACCACACAACUAAAGUUAAGGAGGCACUACUAAGUAAAACUUGCAAAGUUUCUGAAUUAGAAGCACAACUGAGACAGCUAACAGAAGAGCAGUACACACUAAAUAGUUCUUUACAACGUGCUACACAUCAGUUGGAAGAAAAAGAAAGUCAGAUUAAGAGCAUGAAGGCCGAUAUUGAAGGUCUUGUGACAGAAAAAGAAGCCUUACAGAAGGAAGGAGGAAAUCAGCAACAGGCUGCCUCAGAAAAGGAGUCUUGCAUCACUCAGUUGAAGAAGGAGUUAUCAGAAAACAUCAACGCUGUCACCUCGAUGAAAGAAGAGAUUAAAGAAAAAAAAGCUGAGAUCAGCAGUCUUAGUAAACAACUAACUGAUAUGAGCGCUCAACUUCAGAAUAGCAUCAGCCUAACUGAAAAAGAAGCAGCCAUUUCAUCACUAAGUAAGCAACAUGAUGAAGCGCAACAGGAAUUGCUGGAUCAGGUGCGAGAUUUAUCUUUGAGAGUUGAAACUCUGAGUAAGGAGAAAACUUCUGCUAUUGAACAGGCCAACAAAUUCUCAGAAUGGAAGAAGAAAGCACAGUCAAGAUUUACACAAUAUCAAAAUACUAGUAAAGAAUUGCAGAUGCAGCUUGAGUUAAAAACAAAGGAAACCAGUGAAAAGGAUGAGCAGAUAACUUUAUUGAAGGAGGACCUUGAUCAGCAAAAGAAGAGAUUUGAAUAUUUAAAGGGGGAAGUGGAAGAUAAGAAGAGCAAGAUGGAGAAAAAGGAACGUAAUUUACAGACGGAGUUAAAAACUCAAACAGCAAGAAUUGUGGAAUUAGAGGAGCAUGUCACUCAGAAAACAAUCGAAAUUGAGUCCUUAAAUGAAGUUCUUAAAAAUUACAAUCAACAAAAGGAUAUCGAACGGAAAGAAAUGAUUCAGAAACUUCAGCACAUUGAAGAGUUAGGAGAAGAAAAGGACAACAGGGUUAAAGAGGCUGAAGAAAAAGUCUUAAGCCUUGAAAAGCAAGCAUCUUCCAUGAAAUCUGAACUUGAAUCUACGAAGAAAGUAUUGGAACAUGUGAAUUCAAUUGCGAAAAGCAAAGAAGAGGAGUUAAAGGCAUUGGAAGAUAGACUUGAGUUAGAAAGUGCUGCAAAAUUAGGGGAACUGAAGAAAAAAGCUGAACAAAAAAUUGCUGCCAUCAAGAAGCAGUUGUUAUCUCAAAUGGAAGAGAAAGAACAGCAGUAUAGAAGAGACAGAGAAAGCCAUCUGAGUGAGCUAAAUACAAAAUUGCAGGAAAGAGAGAAGGAAAUUCACGUCUUGGAAGAAAAACUUAAGUCGGUGGGAAGCUCACCACAAUCAGAAACAUCAGUUUCACCCAGAUCGGCAGAAAAUGAAGCAGCAUGUACUGAGCAAGAAGAAGCAGAUUCCCAAGGCUGUGUGCAGAAGGCAUGUGAAGAAAAAAUCCGUGUUUUACAAAGAAAUUUAAUUGAAAAGGAAAAGCUAUUACAGAGGCUAGAGCAGGAAAAAGAAGACACAAUUUCUUCUCAUUCUGAAAUGCAGUGCAAAUACCAGGAGCUCUUAAUAAAGACAGAACAGGCUGAAGCAAAGCAACAUGAGGAUCAAGUGAUGAUAAAGCAUCUUCAAGAAGAACUGGAAGAAAAAAACAAAUACUCCUUGUUAGUAUCCCAUCAUGUGGAAGAAGAGGGAGGUAAAAAUAACAUAGGGGCAAAGCAGAACUUGGAGAAUGUGGUUGAUGGUGUGCAGAAAGCCCUCCAGGAGGAGGACUUGACCUGUCAAAUCUUGGAGCAAAAGAUAAAAGAGCUGGAUUCCUGCUUAUUGAGAGAGAGGGAAGGACACAGAGUUGAAAUUGAAGUGUUGACCUCAAAACUUGAAGGAUUACAGGCUCUACAACAACAGAUGGAUGGAAAAAGUAAACCCAUGGAAGUUUUGGAAGAAAGUGCUGAAGAAAAGUCCAAAUCUCAUGUGGUCCAACCCAGCUUGCUUCGUAACAUGGAGGCUGAGCACAAUGACCUGGAGUUUCAAUUGGCAGGGGCGGAGCAGGAGCAGCAGAAGCUGAGCCAGGAGGUGGUUAAGCUGCAGAAAGAUCUUCGAAUGUUGCGGAAGGAACAUCAGCAAGAACUGGAUAUAAUAAAGAAAGAGUAUGAACAAGAAAUGGAAGAGAAAAUCAAACAGGAGCAGGAAGAUCUUGAGUUGAAGCACAAUUCCACACUAAAACAGCUGAUGAGGGAGUUUCAUACACAGCUGGCACAAAAGGAACAGGAGCUGGAAAUGACCAUAAGAGAGACCAUUGAUAAAGCCCAGGAAGUGGAGGCUGAACUUUUGGAAAGCCAUCAGGAGGAGACAAAUCAGUUAUAUAAGAAAAUUGCAGAGAAAGAAGAUGAUCUAAAAAGAACAGCCAAAAGAUACGAAGAAAUCCUUGAUGCUCGUGAAGAAGAAAUGACUGCAAAAGUAAUAGAUCUACAGACUCAACUUGAGGAGCUGCAGAAGAAAUACCAGCAAAGGCUAGAGCAGGAGGAGAACCCUGGCAAUGAUAAAGUAACAAUUAUGGAGCUACAGACACAACUAGCACAGAAGACUACUCUAAUCAGUGAUUCAAAGUUGAAAGAGCAAGAGUUCAGAGAACAGAUUCACAAUUUAGAAGAUCGUUUGAAGGAAUAUGAAAAGAAUGUAUAUGCAACAACUGUGGGGACACCUUACAAAGGUGGCAAUUUGUACCAUACUGAUGUCUCGCUCUUUGGAGAACCUACCGAGUUUGAGUAUUUGCGAAAAGUGCUUUUUGAGUAUAUGAUGGGUCGUGAGACUAAGACCAUGGCAAAGGUUAUAACCACUGUACUGAAGUUCCCUGAUGAUCAGACUCAGAAAAUUUUGGAAAGAGAAGAUGCUCGGCUCAUGUAUACUUCACCUCGCAGUGGUAUCUUCUGAGUAAACCGUCAGUCUGUGCUUAGUUAGCAUGUGUCAUGGCUCCGACCUUCAUCUUGAAGAAGUGGGGAGAGUGAUGUUGGGCAGGCCUGGAAAACUGUGCACGUUUGCUGUUCUUAGAGAACGAAGCUGUUGUUCAGGGCCCCUCAUGUAGCCAGAAGACCAAGAAAAAUCUGACAUUGGCCACAGAAAGAUUGCAGACUGCUUUUAAAAUAGAUUAUAUCAGUGGAGAAACGGUGAUAAUUUUUUUGGGGGGGGAUUCUUCAGUUUUUCUGUUGGGAAGAGUUUUGUGUUGUUUAAAAGAUACCUUGAAUAACUUGACCUGAUUUAUGGGCUCAUUUAAUGUUCCUUUCUUUCAUUCUUUUUGUCCCUCUUUUUAAAGAACUGCUUGCCUUUCCUAUUUAUUUCUAGGGUGAUUUUUUUAAAAGACUUGUGCAAUACAUUUUGAGGUGGAACUUAGUGGAUUUUUUUCCUGAUAUAUUAGAGCAUUUAAUUGACUAUUUUAUCCAGAUUGAUUUGUUGAAUAUUUGCUAAAGACUAGUUCUUUAAGCUAUGACAUAUGAUAAAUCCAAAUGGCAGUACCUCAUUGUUUACUUAGCUUUUGUACUUAUAUUUUUCAGAGGAAAAAAUACUACUGUAAAUUGUAAAUAGUCAAUACAUAACUGUAUCGUAUGCAAAUC